AUGAUGAAAACAACACGUUCACCUUUCAUCGAUACCCUCUCCCUAGAGCUCCGUCUGCACAUCUACAGACACCUCCUCGUUGCCCCCUCAUCCAUUAAAGGCUCCGUUGCUCGUCAAGGUGCGAAAUACGAUAUCCAUACGGCCAUUCUUCGAUCCAAUAAGCAAAUUCACAAUGAGGCCUGCUCCGUGUUCUUUGGCGAGAACACUUUUCACAUUACUCCCACCCCGCCAACUCCACUAACCCGUAAUUCCAACCGAAAUGGUGUAGAGGAGAUCGAAGAAGAAGGCUCAGGUGCCUUCGAACCUCCACUACAACUCAUCGACCUCCCUCUGGUCCGCCAUCUUGAGGUUGAUCUCCUCUACUACGCCAAAUACAUAGCAACAACGCUAGACUUGCACGAGGGAGUGUGGAAACCUGCCUUCGUUGGUGCCAGACGCUACACAACCAGCUUAUCUUACCUACUGAGCACCGUCUCGCCAAAUCUACUCAGCCUGGCCUUCUGCGCAGGCAUAAGCCGCUACAUCGACGAUAGCACCAGACAGGACCCUCAUCGUUCCAGUAGUAAAUUUGAUACCAGCACCGAGCGACUCCAAGUCCAAGAACUACUCAAUGGAUUUCACAUGGCGGACAGCAACUGCCUUUUCAAGAAAGCUUUGGAGGAUCUCCUUGUCAGGGGUGCGGGCUUGCAUCUCAAACUUCCAGAACGUCGCCUUGACUUUGCAGUCAGUAGGGAGAGGCUUCGUGGACAGAGCCUCGUGGAGUUGGCGGGUCAGGUGUUGGCGGCGAGGA